CAGGCCCAGACAUCCCCCUUCUCCGCUCUGCCCCAUGUGUUCUCAGAUAUGGUCCUGACUGCCUGCUGGCCACUGCUAGCUGGCCCACCCCUUGUCCUCUCCCCUGUGGCCUCAGAGGCAGCCUGCUCUCCCGUCUGCCGUCUGUAUUCCAGGCAGGUGCCAAAAUGUCCACAAAGAAUGAAGAUCUAACCAUACGCCACCCUAUGACUUAAAACCUUUAAGCAAUUCUCUGCCACCUUCAAAUUACAGUCCCAGAUCCUCAGCAAGCCUCUUCAUGUCGUGGGCGCGUGUAGGCUCGCAGCCGCACCUCUUGGCAUGGCCUUCGGUCUAUGCUUGAGAACUUGACGUUGCUGGAUCUUCUCCUGCCGCCUAUUCCAGGCUGAGUUAGGGCCCUGUCUGCGGUCCUGCCCUGGGAGAAGUGCUUCCCCAGGACGCCCCACAUCCAAGUCUAACUCUCUGCGGACGUCCCCACUUUCCCCCUGGUUGCUGGGCUCUUGGAGCCCGGCCGGCACCUUUAUCCCAACUUUUGUUCCCAGAGCCAAGGGUGGAUGCAGGAAUGUGGUAGAUAUUCAAUUUAUAAUUGUUGAAUGUGUCAGUGAGUGAAUAAAGAAAUGAAUGGAUAACUGAAAACAUUUUGGCAAAAUGUAUUUGUCAUCAGAGGAUGGGGUGGUUUCUAACAGCUAGCAUUUGAGAGUGACUGUUUGCCAGACAGUGUGCUAAGCCCUUUCCCUGUGGCCACUCAUUUCACCCUCAUAGCACCAUCCAUGACAAAGGCUGUUGUCCUCAUCCCCAUUUUGUCAAAUGGGGGAACUGAGGCACACAGGCUGAGCCUUUAUCCAACGUGCUGUCUGUGUUGAGGGACUUCCUGACUUGGAUGGACAGCCUUUUUCCCUACUGGCGCUACACAGGUCAGUCGGGGCUGGCUGCACCUUGGGAUUUCUGUGUUAUCUGAGGGCAUGAUGGGGUUGUGCUGAUUUUUGUUGGGAGUGUGUGUGUUGUAAUCUUGGCUGCAUCCUUUACCGCCUUCCCUCCUGACAUCCUCAUUCCUGUAGGUCAUGUGACCCUCAACGCCCAUCCCGAGGCUUGGUGCUGGCCCCUUGCUCCAGGGUCCUGGGGGCUGAUGCAGAUUCAGAAAGGCUUCUGCUGAGGAGACAGGGCACUCCCGUCCCCAGGCCUUUUCCCAGAGCAGUUCUGGGGCAGGACUAAGCCUGGACCUGUGGGGCUCGACCCUCCCCUUUAUAGUCUAUUAGAGCAAGAAGGCGUCUGAGAUCAGCUGGCUCCUUGCUCGCCUUGUGCAGGAGAAUAUGAAAGUGUCACCCAGACUUGUUUGUUUCAUAGCUCUACUGAUUUCUUCUCUGGAGGCUGAUAAAUGCAAGGAACGUGAAGAACGAAUAAAUCGAGUUUCAUCUGCAAAUGAAAUUGAUGUCCGUGCCUGUCCUCUUAACCCAGAUGAAAACAAAGGCACUAUAAUUUGGUAUAAAAGUGACAGCAAGACACCUAUAUCUGCAUCACAAGACUCCAGGAUUCAUCAGUACAAAAAUAAACUUUGGUUUGUUCCUGCUAAGGUAGAGGAUUCAGGACAUUACUAUUGCGCAGUAAGAAAUUCAUCUGACUGCCUCAAAAUUAAAAUAAAUGCUAAAUUUGUGGAGAAUGAGCCUAACUUGUGUUAUAGUGCAGAAGCUUUAUUUACACAGAAACUACCCCUUGGAGGAGAUGGAGGACUUGUGUGCCCUUAUUUGGAAUUUUUUAAAGAUGAAAAUAAUGAGUUACCCAAAAUACAAUGGUAUAAGGAUUGCAAACCUCUACUUCUUGACAGUAUUCACUUCAGUGGAGUCACUGAUAAGCUCAUCGUGAUGAAUGUGUCUGAAGAGCAUCGAGGGAACUAUACUUGUCGUGCUUCCUACACAUACUUGGGAAGGCAAUAUCCUAUUACCCGGGUAAUAGAAUUUAUUACUCUAGAGGAAAAUAGGCCAGUGAGGCCUGUGAUUGUGAGUCCAGCUAAUGAAACGAUGGAAGUAGACUUGGGAUCCCGGAUACAAUUGAUCUGUAAUGUCACUGGCCUGUUCAGUGACUUGGUCUACUGGAAGUGGAAUGGGUCCGACAUUGAUGAAGAUGAUCCAGUGCUGGGGGAAGAUUAUUAUCUUCUGGAAAAUUCUGCAGACAAAAAAAGGAAAAUACUCAUCACAGUGCUUAAUAUUUCAGAAGUUGAAAGUAGAUUUUAUCUCCAUCCAUUUACCUGUUUAGCCAAGAAUACAUAUGGCAUGACUGUAGCAUAUAUCCAAUUAAUACAUCCAGUCCCUGAUUUCCAGAAGCACAUGAUUGGGAUAUUUGUUAUGUUAACAGUUGUAAUUACGUGCUCUGUUUUCAUCUGUAAAAUCUUCAAGAUUGACAUUGUGCUUUGGUACAGGGAUUCCUGCUAUGAUUUUCUCCCAAAAAAAGCUUCAGAUGGGAAGACCUAUGAUGCAUAUGUACUGUAUCCAAAGACCCUUGGGGAAGGGUCCACCUCUAACUCAGAUAUUUUUGUGUUUAAAGUCUUGCCUGAGGUCUUGGAAAAACAGUGUGGAUAUAAGCUGUUCAUUUAUGGAAGAGAUGACUACGUUGGGGAAGACAUUGUGGAGGUUAUUAAUGAAAACAUAAAGAAAAGCAGAAGACUUAUUAUUAUUUUAGUCAGAGAAACAUCAAGCUUUGGCUGGCUGGAUAGUUCAUCUGAAGAGCAAAUAGCAAUGUACAAUGCUCUUAUUCAGGAUGGAAUUAAAGUUGUCCUGCUUGAGCUGGAGAAAAUCCAAGACUAUGAGAAGAUGCCAGAAUCCAUUAAAUUCAUUAAGCGGAAGCAUGGAGUCAUCCGCUGGUCAGGGGACUUUACAGAAGGACCACAGUCUGCAAAGACAAGGUUCUGGAAGAAAGUCAGGUACCACAUGCCGGCCCAGCAACAGUCGUCUUCAGCCAAACACCAGUUACUGUCCCUGACCGCUAGGCCGAACUCUGUGGAGAAGCUGCAGAGAGAGGUUCACCUGCCUCUUGGGUAGCGUGGAGAAGCCUGCCAAGAGCUCUGUGGGUGCCUCUUGUCUCAUGGCAUUGCAGGCUGGCUGUGCCUCCUGCUCACUGGUACAGUCAUAAAAUGUACCUGUGUAGUCCGUUAUCCCUGAGGUCACCUGGAAUCAGAUUGUUCAGGGAGAAGGACAUGGUGACAGUAGCAGGCCAGGGUACUUCAGAGAAGAGGGCUUGGGAAGGCCUUAAGAAAGGCAACAGAUGGCCUCUCUGAAUGUGUAACUGCUGAGGAAAGGCACAGAGACGGCAAACUAGACGAAAGAACAUGCAGGAGAUGGUCACCAUCUAUAGAUGGUUUGAUGAAGUGGCCCACAGCCCAAGGGCAGGGCUGUGGCCCUGUCUGGGGACUUUGUAGUGUCACUGGCCCUGGAGUGGCUCUCCUGUGUGGGGCUGCAGGUGAAGUGAGACUGACACCUCACAGAGGAAGAUGGAUGUAUUCUUGGAGAACGCUCCAUUUGCUUGCAUUUUCCAUACACAUCCACAGCCAGCAGUUUCCAAAGAUUGAAUUUUACUUUAUAGACCUUGAAAACUGUCAUUUCAGUGAACAAAGAGAUUCUCCAGGAUUCCAAGGUUUUGAAAUCAUCUUAGCUUUCCAUAGGAGAGACAGAAUUUUAAAAGCAACAGGAGCAGGGAUUGAUUGAUCCACCUCUGAAUGUUUUCCUCUCUGGCAUAACCAUCCAGUUCUUCCUUAUUCUUUUGCACUGUCCUGGGCUCACUGCUUCUUUGGAAGGACAGCUUCCCAGUGGCUUCCUCCCUUGCUUUCUUAAGUUUUCUUCAGCUGACCAGAAUUUGACUGACAUUCAGAAUUCACCCCAAGUUCAUAGUCCUCAAGAGACUUUGCCUAAGAGCUUACUCUCAAACCCUCUCUCUCCCCCAUGGGUCAGUGGCACUGACUGCUGGUGACCGCUCUCGGGCAGGGUUGUUCUCUCCCCACCAGAGUCUGUGCUCUUGGAGGAGGAGGCUGUGGCUUCGUCUCCCUGUCCCUCCCUGCCUUCCACGAGUAAUUUGCACAUAUGACACAGAUUUGUAUAUUGCUUUAUUGUUUAAAAAUGUUCUCAGAUUAUCUUAUUUAAUUUUUGCAGUUAUUCUAAUUUUCUACAGAGAGGAAGUGACCUAUUUUUUAAAAAAAUCACACUCUAAGUUCUAUUGGACCUUGGACUGGAACUUCCGUUUCUGGCUUCUAGUCCAGUGCUCUGAAUACUUGAUAUCAGGUCAAUAACUGUGCCCCUCACUCUCACCCCAGCACUUUUGUGAGAAGAAAUGAUUUUCUAGGAGGCCACAGAGUCUAGGAAUGCUUCUGUUUAAGAAAGCAAAUUCUAAACUUUUCAGUGUUAGAAUUUACAGAAAUGAUGUUUAGAUUUUAUGAAAAACUUUUCUACCUUCAUAUAUUUUUCUCCUAAAGUUAAAUAUCUCUUAGUCAACUAAAAAUGAAAAAGAAUUAUGUUUUUCUGGUAUACAAUUUUUUUAAAAAAAAUUUCAUGAGAGUCUUCAGCAUGAUUAGAGAAACCCUGGAAAACCGCAAAGCCAAGUUCAGGUGCCACUUAUUGCAGGACACGUGAACAGUUUUAAAAGUUGUGUGAACAUGGACAGGCCUCCCGGUUUUUAUAUUUUUACAUUCUUAAUAUCUAAUAUUAUGGGUGGACACACAUUUUUAUUUGGAAUAAUAUUUUUCCCCCAAAGUUGUCAGAACGAGACACCAACACACAGAAUUUAAUACCGACUCUUCCCUUUCCAUCUGCUGUGUCCUGGGCCCGGUCUGACAGCACUGACUGACAGUGCUGUGUAGAGCCGCCAUUCUGAAAGAUAGGGCAUCAUUUUCAUUUGGCAGCACACAUGGACUGCAGCCAGAAGUCUAUGGGGGUGGAGUGAGGGUGUCACAUCCUGAAAGGUCUAUUAGGUGCCUUAAAUUUUUAGUUUUGUUGAUCAUUUUAGUCUGUCAUCUAGAAAAUGUGUUAGCAUGUACAGUGCCAAAAAAGCAAGCCAAUUCUGAAACUUAGAAUUAUCGACCAUGUUGGCCAGAAAGUGGGGAGGAGUUGACAACCAAGAAUUUAAGGAGGAACAGGAAUCAACAGAUAAGCCUGGGUGAAGGGGCAUCCCAAGCAGAAAAGUGCAAUGUCAUUCCCCUUACUUCCAAGGGCUGGAGUUGGGGGCGGGGAGGGAGGAGCUACAUUCCUAGUUCCCUAUGAACUUUCUUUUACUUACUGUCUUUCCCUCCACACCAAAACAAACUUUUUUAAAUGCCUUCCCCAUUGGUAAGAUUUUAUUGCACUUUCUGGUGGUAUUUUUUUUUAAGUCAGCGUUAGUAUUGAAGAAGAGUUUGCAAAUGCAGCAAAGUAUUUAAUUACCAGUUGUUAAAACUGGGUUAGCAGAAUUUAUACUUCCCCUUUCCUGCCUUUCUUUUUAUUUUAUUUGCAAUAAAAGAAAAGGUAUUGAGCCAUUUUUUUAAAAUGACAUUUUUGAUAAAUUAUGUUUGUACUGGUUAACGAUGAAGGGUUUUUUAAAAAAAACUUGUUUGUAUAAUUCUGUGGCAGAUGCCAAAUAUUUUUUAUAUGUUAAAACACCAGAUUCAUGUACAGCAUACAUCAUUGAUCAAUAGACUGUACUUGUUUUCCAAUAAAGCUGUCAAACUUUG